UAGUCUUAGCAGGUCGAUGGUGCUGUUCGUACCGACGGUUCGUUUGCAGCCGUCUUUGCUUCGCGAUGCGUCCACCGAUGUGUAUUUCUGCACAUGGCCGUGCCGCCCAACGGGCUUCUGCAUUGUUCCACGAUUUUUCGCACUUUACCACCGGAUUAUAUUUAUCAUUUUUAGAAGAAUUAUAUUAUACAUUACAUCCACCAUGACUACAUCAUCAGAAGAUGUUCUAAUGCAAGUAGGACAAGUUCGUUAUAAAAAAGGAGAUGGCACUUUAUAUGUCAUGAAUGAAAGAAUAGCCUGGAUGCUUGAUAACAGGGAUACUGUAUCAGUCAGUCACAAAUAUGCUGACAUUAAGUUACAAAAGAUAUCACCAGAAGGAAAAUCAAAAAUACAGUUACAAGUUGUACUACAUGAUGGUUCAUCAUCUACAUUUCAUUUCGUAAACAGAAAUGGGCAAGAGGCACAAAUUAAAGAUCGAGAUGAUGUAAAAGAAUUACUUCAACAACUAUUACCAAAAUUUAAAAGAAAAGUAAAUAAAGAAUUAGAAGAAAAAAAUAGAAUGCUUCAAGAAAAUCCUGUACUGCUUCAAUUGUACAGAGAUUUAGUUAUUACACAAGUUAUUUCAUCUGAAGAAUUUUGGUCACAACAUGCUGCAGAAUAUACCCAAGCUAAAAAAGGUCAAAGACAAGAAAUAGGUGUAAAUAGUGCUUUUCUGGCUGAUAUAAAACCACAAACUGAUGGUUGUAAUGGACUGAAAUAUAAUUUAACUGUUGAUAUUAUAGAAUGUAUAUUUAAGACUUAUCCAGCAGUAAAAAGAAAACAUCAAGAAAAUGUGCCUCAUAAAAUGUCAGAAUCUGAUUUUUGGACAAAAUUCUUUCAAUCACAUUACUUUCAUCGAGAUCGUAUCAAUGCAGGGACCAAGGAUCUUUUUACCGAAUGUGCCAAAAUAGAUGAUCAAGAACUGAAGAAAGAUAUUCAAUCGGGUAUUGAUGAUCCAUUGGUGGAUAUAACUUCUUUUGAGGAUCAAACAUUAGAUGAAAAUUAUGGAAAUGGACCUAGUAAAUCUGACAAAGUUUCAGGAAAUAUAGUACAUCAGAGUAUGAUUAAGAGAUUCAAUCAACACAGCAUCAUGGUUUUAAAGGCUAGCACUGCCAAACAAACUACACAGUCCAUUCAACCACAAUUAAAUGGAUCAACACCAUCAGCAAGUAAAACUUCAGCAUUCUCUAAUCAGUUAGAUGAACGACCAAAGACUAAAAAACUUAGAAUACAAGAGAAAUUAAUUUAUGAUGAUCUCGAUACCACUCAUGAUACAAAGACAAAUAAUAGUGCACCAUUAAAUUUGAAUCAUGUAGAUAGGUAUUUACAUGGUCCAGUGCCAGGAUAUGGUAAUACGGAACCGUCGUCUGAAGAACUUAUUAUGACAUUAAAUCAAUUAAAAAAGGAAGCAGGUGGUUGGUUAACAGGAAAUAUUAUACCAAGGCAAUUAGCAACAUCGUUAGUUAGUCCAGCUGCAGCGGUCUCAGCCUUAGGAGAAUUGACUCCUGGUGGUUCUUUAAUGAAAGGCUUUCGGGAAGAAAGUCUUGGACAAUUAAUACCAAAGGAUUUAGAAAAAGAAUUACGUAAUGUAUAUGUGUGUACAUGUGAGCUUUUAAGGCAUUUUUGGCGUAGUUUUCCACCUACAACUCCACAACUUGAGGAAAAAGCUAUUAGAAUGCACGAAGCGUUGCAUAGAUUUCACUCUGCCAAACUAAAACCUUUUGAAGAUCGUGUUCAACGAGACUUUUCUGCUGUUAGUCAACAUUUGACAAGCCAUUUAAAUCAAUUAUUAAAUACAGCAUAUAGAAAAUUCGCAGUUUGGCAACAACGUAAGAUGCAAAUGAGGUAGCCAUUGAAUAAUUUGUCGUACAAUUAAAAACAACGUGAAUAAAGCAGAGCAAUAUGGUCAUCCUAUAUAUAUUGCAUUUUAUAAUGUUACCGUAAUUAGGGAUUAAUAUGGGUGUAUUUCACAAAAACCAAAGCUGAAUCGUGUCAUGCAUCCUAUG